AGUGACUGAGGAUGUGGAGGAGCGGGAGACGUUGGUUAGAGCCCGGACUUUGUGGCGUUUAAUAUGGGCACAUAAUAGGGAAACUUCCGCGUGGGCAGGACUUCGUGCUCCCAUUUUACAGAUGGAGAAAGAAGCUUAACGAGUAUACAUUAGCGGAUCUCCAACGCCAAGUCUCCGGGCUGGGCAUCCAGGCUUCGUUCCCUACACAGCCCUCCGCUUUUCGUGAUUCGGAACAAGAGUUUGAGCCUGCUCCCUACCGACGUAGUGCUCUCCAGAUGAUCUUGAGAAAGUCUUUUAACAUUUAGCCUCUCAGAGCUUUGAUUUCCUUGGCUGUGAAAUAGCCAUGAUACUUACAUAAUACCUAUCUUAUUAAUGCGGACAGAAUGAGCAAGUGUUUAUUGAAACCGUGUUAUGUGCUGACACCGUGUCUGAGGGUGGGGAUGCAAAGGUGAGCAAACAGGCAUGAUCCUUGCCAGCGUGGAGCUUACAAUCUAGUGGGGAGCUCCCUCAGAGCCAUGUCAGAGCGCGAAGAGCGGCGGUUUGUGGAGAUCCCUCGGGAGUCUGUCCGGCUCAUGGCCGAGAGCACAGGCCUGGAGCUGAGCGAUGAGGUGGCGGCCCUGCUUGCAGAGGAUGUGUGCUACCGUCUCAGAGAGGCCACCCAGAAUAGCUCUCAAUUCAUGAAACACACCAAACGGCGGAAGCUGACCGUCGAGGAUUUCAACAGGGCCCUCAGAUGGAGCAGUGUGGAGGCUGUGUGCGGUUAUGGAUCCCAGGAGGCGCUGCCCCUGCGUCCCGCCAGGGAGGGUGAGCUCUAUUUCCCUGAGGACCGGGAGGUGAACCUGGUGGAGCUGGCCCUGGCCACCAACAUCCCCAAAGGCUGUGCUGAGACAGCUGUGAGAGUUCAUGUCUCCUACCUAGAUGGCAAAGGGAACCUGGCACCUCAAGGAUCGGUGCCCAGCGCCGUGUCUUCACUGACUGAUGACCUUCUCAAGUACUACCAGCAGGUGACUCGGGCUGUGCUGGGGGAUGACCCACAGCUGAUGAAGAUUGCUCUCCAGGACCUGCAGACGAACUCCAAGAUCGCAGCACUCCUGCCUUACUUUGUUUAUGUGGUCAGUGGGGUGAAAUCUGUAAGCCACGACCUGGAGCAGCUGCACCGGCUCCUGCAAGUGGCACGGAGCCUGGUUCGGAACCCACACCUCUGCUUGGGGCCCUAUGUCCGCUCGCUGGUGGGCAGUGUCCUCUACUGUGUCCUGGAACCCCUGGCAGCCUCCAUCAACCCCUUAAACGACCACUGGACUCUGCGGGAUGGCGCUGCCCUCCUGCUCAGCCACAUCUUUUGGACUCAUGGGGACCUCGUAAGUGGCCUCUAUCAGCAGAUCCUGCUGUCCCUGCAGAAGGUCUUGGCAGACCCCGUGAGACCUCUCUGCUCUCACUAUGGGGCCGUGGUGGGGCUGCAUGCCCUCGGCUGGAAGGCAGUAGAACGAGUCCUGUACCCACACCUGUCCACUUACUGGACAAAUUUGCAGGCUGUGCUAGACGAUUAUUCAGUAUCAAAUGCCCAGGUUAAAGCAGAUGGGCACAAAGUCUACGGAGCCAUUCUGGUGGCCGUAGAACGACUGCUGAAGAUGAAGGCCCAGGCAGCAGAGCCCAACAAGGGUGGGCCAGGCUGCAGGGGGUGCCGGCGCUCGGACGACCUGCCCUGGGAAAGCCUUCUGCAGGAGUCUCCCUCCGGGGGCAGCGCAGAGCCAGGCUUUGGGUCUGGUCUCCCGCUGCCGCCAGGAGGCGCGGGGCCGGAGGAUCCUUCCCCUUCGGUGACCCUGGCGGACAUCUACCGGGAGCUCUACGCCUUCUUUGGUGACAGCUUGGCCACCCGCUUCGGCACGGGUCAGCCCGCGCCAACGGCCCCGAGGCCGCCCGGGGACAAGAAGGAGCCGGCGGCCGCCCCGGACUCGGUGCGGAAGAUGCCGCAGCUGACGGCCAACGCCAUGGUCAGCCCACAGGGUGACGAGAGCCCCCGGGGCGGCGGUCCCCCGUCGGCCUCCGCGCCCGCCGCCUCUGAGAGCAGGCCGCUGCCCCGCGUGCAUCGGGCGCGUGGGGCGCCCCGGCAGCAGGGCCCAGGCGCCGGCACCCGCGACGUCUUCCAGAAGAGCCGUUUCGCCCCGCGCGGCGCCCCCCACUUCCGUUUCAUCAUCGCCGGGCGGCAGGCCGGGAGGCGAUGCCGCGGGCGCCUCUUCCAGACUGCCUUCCCCGCGCCGUACGGGCCCAGUCCGGCCUCCCGCUACGUGCAGAAGCUGCCGAUGAUCGGCCGCACCGGCCGCCCGGCCCGCCGCUGGGCGCUCUCGGACUACUCGCUAUACCUGCCGCUCUGAGGCGGCGCUCGUCCCUACCUCCGUGAAUAAAGCCCGGCCCCGGAAGUGA